AUGAUCCAGACAAACACAGAUUUAAAGAAAAACAAAACACAGAUUCUCCCAUCUCCUUCCUUCAAUCUCAUUGGGUUUGCACAAAACAGUGAUUCUAAUUUGGCUCAAAGUUUCUUGGCCACAUAUAUUUCUGAAUCUUUUUUGGGGUUGGUCUGAAUUGGAUUGAUUUGAGGCAAGGCAUGGUAGGUAUUUGUGAAAAUGCCAAAGCCAAAAAUGAUGGUGGUGGUGGUAGCAUCAGAAUAGGGGCAACUGGGAAAGUAAGUGCUUUGAUGAUGCAAGAACUUGAUUCCAAUAUCAUCAAAACUUCAUCAAAGAAACCCGAAAUCGGAUCAAGAAGAAUGCAGACUGCUCCGGUUUCGAUUUCAUGUGGGGGGUCUACCAAGCGGCUGCAACGAAUGGUGUCGAUGAAUGGUGGCAGCUCGAGGGAUGCCCGUGAUCAGGUUAUGCCAGAAAAGAAGAACAAGAACAAGAACAAGAAGAAGGAAGUCAGUCGGCAGGCAGUUCAGCGGAUUCCGAUGCUAGAUUCCGAGGAUUCGUGGAUCGAUAAGACUCCGGUACGAGCGAAAGAACACGAUAAGAAAGUGGCACGGCGGAUAGUGGAAACUGUGGAUUUGAAGUGUGGGAAGCAUGAGGGAGAUUGGUCUAUUAUCCCCAUUGGGAACCAACUCAGGAGACCAAGUUUUUCCAAGAUUUUGGAUUGAUUUCAAUGUUUAUAUCAUCGAAUUAUGAACCCUAUUUUUCUGCUAUUGAAAACCCAAUAAUGUUAUAUUCAUUGAGAGGUUUCUUUAGAGUUUUUAUUUAAUGGGGUUGGUGGCUUGGAAAUGGGUUUGUGUGUGGGAUGCUUUCUUGGCCAAAACUUGUGAAUGCAUGUGAAUAGAAAGAAUCUUCAUUGUUGAAUAUA